UCUUCAGCAUCCACGAAUAAAAGAAUGUGGAUGUACAUGCUAAUAGUACCAUCAGUCCAGAGGUAGGAGCUGAAAGAUUCAGAGUUCAAGGUCACCCUUGGCUACGUAGCAAGUUCUAAGACAUUCUGGGCUAUAUGAGACUCUGUCUCUAAAAAUGAGACAGGCUAGAGAGGCAGUUUGGUGGUGAAGAGCCUGUACCACUCUUACAGAGGGUCCAGUUUGGUUCCAACACUCAUGUCUGGGGGCUUACAACUGCCUAUAAUUCCAGCUCCAGGGGGUCCAAUGCCUUCUGACUUCUGCGGGCAACUGCACCCAUGUGCACAGACCACAUCCACACACAUCAACAAAAUUUAGAAAUAAAUCUUAAAGAGAAAGGGGGCCUCCGAGUGCUUGCUCUCCCACCCUCCAGAAGGACAACAAAGUUGGGUGCACUUGUGAGGGUUUCCCAGACCCUUGCCUCAAUGGACCCAUCUUUUCUCCCCUGUUAGUCUCUAUUUUAAUGUUUUUAAACUUGACAGACAGCGAUAUCGUGUGUGUCAUUUUAAUACAUGUCUUUCAGGAUCCUUUAUUGUGAGACCAAGAGAGACAGAGGGAAAUUCAUAGCGAAUUCCAGAGACGGACCACAAGACAUGGAGAACUCAAGGAGGGUCCAGGGAAAUGAGAACUCUACAGGGAGGGAACCGGCCUUACAGAAGGCCCCUUGGCUGGAGUGGCAAAACAGGACUUGAACCUACAAACAGAACAGAAGAGGCCCAAAACAGGACUGGGUCCAGGACUGGAUCUUCAACACUCCCUCCCUGGCCCAUUAUUUUCUUGGCCAACACCCCAUAACCCCAACUCCUCCUCCUCCUUGAGAACCAGACCCAAAGUUGAGAAGCCUUUGCCCUAUUCCAAGGCAAAUAGCAAGCACUGACCACAGCGAGGAGAUUUAAGGUCAGCCUUUGGGCCAGGAUGCCCCGGUCAAGCACAGAGGGCUGUAGAGGUGUGGCCCCCACUCGCCCCACCUGGCCAGCUGGCUGAGAGCCCAGGGUCUACAGGAACGGCACUGCAGCUGCCUUCAGCAUGGAUGGUGUGAGCACAGCCAUCUUGCUUCUCCUCCUAGCUGUCAUCUCUCUGUCCCUGACCUUCACCUCAUGGGGCAAGGGCCAGCUGCCUCCAGGACCCAAACCUCUCCCCAUCCUGGGAAACCUGCUGCAGCUUCGCUCCCAAGACUUGUUGACCUCGCUCACCAAGCUCAGUAAGAAGUAUGGGUCCGUGUACACGGUGUACCUGGGGCCUAGGCGAGUGGUGGUCCUCAGUGGAUACCAAACUGUGAAGGAGGCUCUCGUGGACAAAGGGGAGGAGUUCAGUGGCCGCGGCUCAUACCCGGUCUUCUUCAACUUCACCAAGGGCGAUGGCAUUGCCUUCUCCAAUGGAGAGCGCUGGAAGGCCCUCAGAAGGUUCUCGGUCCAAAUCCUGCGCAACUUUGGGAUGGGAAAAAGGAGCAUCGAGGAGCGGAUCCUGGAAGAGGGAAGCUUCCUGCUGGAGGUGCUACGGAAAACAGAAGGCAAGCCCUUCGACCCCGUGUUUAUCCUGAGCCGGUCAGUGUCCAACAUUAUCUGCUCCGUUAUCUUUGGAAGUCGAUUCGACUAUGAGGACGAGCGUCUGCUCACCAUCAUCAGAUUCAUCAACGACAACUUUCAGAUAAUGAGCAGCCCCUGGGGCGAGAUGUACAACAUCUUCCCGAGUCUCCUGGACUGGUUGCCCGGGCCCCACAGGCGCAUGUUCAGGAACUUUAGGGGCAUGAAAGAUCUCAUCGCCCGCAGCUUCCGCGAACACCAGGCCUCUCUGGAUCCCAACUCUCCCAGAGACUUCAUUGAUUGCUUCCUCACAAAGAUGGCACAGGAGAAGAAAGACCCACUGAGCCACUUCCAAAUGAAUACCCUGUUGAUGACCACACACAAUCUACUGUUCGGUGGCACAGAGACCGUGGGCACCACGAUGCGCCAUGCCUUCCUUAUUCUCAUGAAGUAUCCCAAAGUACAAGCCCGCGUACAGGAGGAGAUUGACCGCGUGGUGGGGCGAGCCCGGAUGCCAUCACUGGAAGACCGCGUGAACAUGCCUUACACAGACGCAGUGAUCCACAAAGUACAGCGCUUCGCAGACGUCAUCCCCAUGAACCUGCCUCACCGCGUCAUUCGGGACACGCAUUUUCGCGGCUUCAUGAUACCCAAGGACACAGAUGUCAUCACCCUUCUUAACACCGUGCACUAUGACUCCGAACAAUUCAAGACGCCUCGGGAGUUCAAUCCCGAGCAUUUUCUGGAUGACAAUCAAUCCUUCAAGAAGAGCCCUGCCUUCAUGCCAUUUUCGGCUGGACGCCGACUGUGUCUCGGGGAGCCUCUGGCGCGCAUGGAGCUCUUCAUAUACCUCACCUCCAUUCUGCAGAACUUCACGUUGCAACCGCUGGUGGAGCCUGAGGACAUCGACCUGACCCCGCUUAGCUCAGGGCUGGGCAAUUUGCCAAGGCCUUUCCAGUUAUGUGUGCAGGUUCGCUGAGUACCGCGUCCAGGGACUGCUCUGUCCCUCUUCCAGCUGGUUUCACUGUCGUGGGCCUCCAUCAGGGUCUCUACCACAUUCUCUUUCCUAACCCCAGGGCCUGGCAUAUUGGCCCUUUACCCUCCUGUCUUAAACCUGUCUUCGAGGAAAAAAUGACGUGACAAAGGGGAAAUGCAGUCUUACACCCACAGAACCUACUCUGUAAUGUACCCUUUCCUGGGUUUUUUGUAUCAUUUCCUAAUAAAUAUCUUGACAAUA